AGAAACAAACACAUGGACGCAUUAUAAUAUCUUCUUGCAGUMCAUUCAUUUUCAUAUCCAUAUCAACAUCAAUUCCAGUAUCUACUGCAUCAACUCUGAUAGAAACGACUAUCAACAUGAUACCAUUGAACAACUGUGGCUUGAAAACGCUUUUCCUKUUUUGUAUCCUCGGACUUUUGUCGGUCGAUGCAAAAAAMUCCCCUGCUCGGCUGCGGGGAAAGCACUUUGAUGCCCUGGAGGAACGUGUUCGAAACCCCAUCAUCGACGAGAAURUCCGUGGGAAGACGCUAAAAGAAUUGGGAAUCGAACAGAGCAUCGGCCAGAACAACGGGCAGCAGAGGCGAAGGAAAACCCAAGAACAGGAUGCCAUGAAAUUCUUUUCGGUGCGUACAGAAUCKUAUCKUAUCGCAUCGCAUCAAAGCAUAGUAUUGGUGUUUUUGAUUUGUUGCUUUGUCCAAUCAAACGUGCAAUCUGAAAGCUGCUGGCAUUACUUUGCUKUUCCACGUCAUCUUGCUGCACACAUCGCGUCGCCCAUCAUAUCAAACUAACCUAAACGAUCCUUGCAUCAAAUUCUGCCUUCGUUCUCUUCAGGUUUAUGAUGAAUUCGGUCCAAAAUUUGGGACCAUGGGAGAUACGGCUGGUCUUCGCGGAAUGGUGUACGAUCUAAAGGCCAAGACCAACGGAUUGAUUGAAAAACACGUCGAGGGAGCCCUUCAGGGAACUUGCUCGAUUGUCGGCUCGGACGGAAAACAACUUUGCAGCUACGAAAUCUUUAUUUUGAAUGAAGAGACGGGCACCAUCGGAAGUGUGGUGGCUACCGGGAGCGUGAUGAUGACUUUGAACACCAAGAACGUUUUAAUCAUCGAAGCGACCGGAGAUGACUUUGUCGGAUACAAGGGGGGGAUGGUGACGAUGACUUAUACUGCGAUUGGGGAGCAGACCGUGAUGGACCUGGACCUCGUGUUCCGUCGAUAGGCCGCGAUUGGCAUGGACAAGACAACAGUUGGUUGACUUGAGCGGCGAAUGAACGAAAGCAAGACCACGAAUGAGAAGAAUCGAAAUUGCAAGUUUAGAUUGCCAUUUGAUAUGCAGUGCAACGCAGAGAUAAUGUUGCGUUUGUUUCCGCACUGCAUGCAAUCCAAAUCCCAGCACUCUAGAGUGACUGAAGUGAUUGAUUUGCGUAUAUAGGACUCCGUACCGUUUUGGCAAAAAGGAUUUUGCAUCACAAUGAAAUAUUAUGGUCACAGCAAUGCUUUUAAUUACAUUAUUAUUGUUUCAGAAGAUACUUUAACUAUAAAAGAAACCUCAUCUU